UCUAGCUUGUAUUUGAAGUUUCAAACCAUUUUCCCGCUUCUCGUACAUGUAAAGGAGAACCAAUUAUAAAUAAAAACAGUCAAAAUCUCUAAAUUUUUUGGUUUCUCAAUUUCCCACGCACGAACGACAAUAAAGCGUUGAAUAGUUACCGUUAAUCUUUACCGAACACAGUCAUCUCACACAUUUCCCUAUACCCUUUCAAAUUCGAAACUUUCUUUUUUCCAUUUCCUUUCUUUUUCUGCUAUUCCAUUCUGAUUUUACCACCUCUACAACCAAAGUCCCACCAAAUCCCUGAUUUUGCCACGUGGAUUCAACCUCGCAUUAAAUCUGACUUGCGGAGUAGUUGGCACCUAGAGACAUUCAAAAUCUAGUAAGCCUAAAAAAACUCGAAAACAAAACCAUCAUUUCUGAAACAAAUGACUGGUUUUCAAGAAAUCUAAGCAAAACCCAGAACUCUAAAUCUGUCCUUCUUUCUCCAACAACAAUGAGUGAUUUCAAGGAACCUUUAGUACAACGCCAAGCUUCAUACAAUUCUCCAUAUGUUAAUCCUCUCACUGACCUCAAACACACCCGCAGCUGCAGUGAAGGAAAGCAUGCAUUCUUUGCAGGUAACAAGGAUAAUGUUGACAAAGAAAAUGCAGCUCCUUCAACAAAUAAUGUGUCUUCUUCUUCUUCUUCGGUGGCUAAAAAGACCACUCAUUUGAAAUCUUUGUCAACUAUUGGUACCUUUGAUACUUCCAAAGAAGUUCCAUGUUACAAGUCUUUGUCUACAGGGAAGCUUUUGAAAGAGUCAUCCCUUCAGUUCUGUAUGCAAAUGAACGAGCCUGACAAGGCUUUUGGGUGCAAGUUAUGGGACCCCAUUGAUUCAGAGAAUUCUAGUUCCUUGAAUAUUUGGGAUUAUUCGGAUUCCGAGGCUGCCCCUGCUUCUUCUUGGUCUACAUUGCCUAAUAGGACCUUGCUGUGCAGGCCAUUGCCACUGGACAUUGGAAUGUGUACUUGUGUUAUUGUGAAGGAACCCUCACCAGAAGGGUUUGAUGGUGGUACUUUGUAUUCACUUUAUACCAAUGAAGGUCAAGGACGACAGGAUCGGAAACUAGCAGUAGCUUAUCACAAACGACGGAAUGGGAAAUCAGUGUUCACAAUAGCUCAGACUACCAAAGGAAUACUGUCUAAUUCUGAUGAUAGUUAUAUUGGACUCGUGACAGCUAACCUCAUCGGAUCAAAAUACAAUAUAUGGGAUCAGGGUGGUCGCACCAAGUCGCUAAACAAAAGGUCUAAUUCUCUGUUGGGUGUUGUAACGUUCAUGCCAACCAUAUCCACAUGGACGGGAAGUUACCGAAGCAUGAAGGCGUAUAUACCUAAGCACCAAUCAAUGCAGCUAAAGAAUGUGACUCAGAUGCAACACAUCAGUGGACUACCUAAGGAUUGGGAGGGGAAAAUGGACAAAAUCCACAAGCUAUGCUCAAGGGUUCCUCGUUACAACAAUAUGUUGAAACAAUAUGAGCUGGACUUCAGAGAUAGGGGAAGAGCUGGACUCAGAAUUCAAAUUUCUGUAAAGAAUUUUCAGCUGUCAUUGGAGGAGAAUGGAAGACAAACAAUUCUGCAGCUUGGCAGAGUGGACAGAUACAAGUAUGUUAUGGAUUUCAGAUAUCCAUUGACGGGCUACCAAGCAUUUUGUAUAUGCUUGGCUUCAAUUGAUUCAAAGCUUUGCUGCACAAUGUAAUUGAAGUCCACAGCCAUUUGUUUGUGUUCAACCUCUGAACCGACGUUUUUCAAUUCCUAGCUUCACUUAGCUGAAGGAAAGGCGACCAUUUUUGCUUGAAGGUGGUGACAAGCUAUGUAAAGAAGCAUUGGUGAUGAUUCAUGUUUAAGAAUUAUAUAGCUUGAAUGCAAAUAUUGCAUCCUUGUUCCGCAGUCUCCACUGAUUGCUAAUCUAUCCUCAAUCCACGACGGUCAUGUUUCCAUGUAAUUUCAGUGUUAAUUGCAGAGAUUAAUUCCGAUUAAUCAUUUGUUCCUGCGUUUGUUAAAAAAUGAUGCUUUAAAAGUGAUGAUUUUUAAUUUCAAUGAUUAGGAUUCAUAUUUUAAUAGCCUCACUUACAUAUAGUCACACAUAUGUAAAUGUAUGAAGUAUUUUCAACAAAACAUAAAAUGCCAAUCAAAAUAUAUCAAGAAAACUAUUAAAAAAAAAAAAACCCUACAUUUUAAAACAUAUAGGAGCGGAUUCAUACGCAUUUUCUAUGAAAAGCUCAUCUAGAAUUAGAUUACAGGUAGGCCAGACAAGAAGAAAAGCCUA